GCUGCAUAGAGGAAGGGUGAAGUCCUUUCACAACCCAUACUCUGUGGCCUCUGAUGCUAAUUGGAGCUGCUCGCUUCGCCCUCGCGUCUUUGAUGCUCGAACCAAGUUGUUGCGCCACUAGGUUUGAUGCCCGUCUCCGCACUUCUUGUCCAGCUUUACUGUAUCCCAGGGUUGCGCAUUGGCAACUCAGGAUUACUUCAUGCUUCAAGAUAGCUAAGAUGUUUUCCGUUAAGUCGUGGGGGGCUUCGACGGCUUCAUUUCUUCUUAUCUCAUCUAAUGCCUGCAAGUCGUCUGUUACGGUCAGGUAUCCUUCAGUGGUGUUGUCUGGUGAGAGACGUUGAGGCGAUUACUAAACAACAGUGUAAGGGUCUUGCUGGCUUGCUGGUAAUCUUGCUGGUCAAGGUAUACGGUGAUCAAUCGUAUAACUAACAAAGGUAGAGGCUUGGGUGUUUUAGACACAACUGAAGAGAUAGAUGAAAGCUUCUUUUAU